UAUGAUAUGAAUUGAGCCAGUCUUUUUAGAUUGUUGGUUAGCAAGAAACAAUUUAGGAUGUAAAUAGUAUCAAUUUUCAUUAUCCAGAAUGAAUUAAAUAUGCCUAUUCUAGCAUGUCCCCAUGUAGAUGGUUGAAUUUCAUUCUCACAAACUAUAUAUAUACUAUGAUAUAAUAUACUUGCAUAACUGUGUUAACCAUGAAAUCGUUACUCCAAACUCAACCUUUAACCAUAUUAAUUUCAUUCUGUGCAAUUUCAUUCUUUAUAUUGAUUUCCAUACUGUUUUUUACCCCAUCAAAGAUACCAAUACUAGACGUUGGUAGUUCUUUACAACAAACUACUGAUUCUGAUCCAACCGAUGUUAAUCAUCUUGUAUUUGGAAUCGCUUCAACUGGAAAAUCAUGGGCUGAUAGGAAAAAAUAUGUCAAACUUUGGUGGAACAAAAUUAUUAAGGGUUGUGUUUUUGUGGAUAAUCUUCCGCCUGAACAAAAUGACAGUGAUGAUUCUGUUCCUCCACUUUGUGUCUCCGAAGACACUUCAAAGUUUCUUUACACUUGUAAAGGUGGUUUAAGAUCAGCGAUUCGCGUGGCGCGUAUUGUGAAAGAGAUUGUUGGAUUGAAUAAUCAUUCAAAUGUUAGGUGGUAUGUGUUUGGUGAUGACGACACAGUUUUCUUUCCUGAGAAUCUUGUUAAGACUCUUUCUAAAUAUGAUCAUAGGCUUUGGUACUAUGUUGGUGCUUACUCUGAGAAUUAUGAAGGGUCUUAUGUUUUUGGUUUUGGAAUGGCUUUUGGUGGAGGUGGUUUUGCUAUAAGUGCUUCUUUAGCAAAUGUUUUAUAUGAAGUUUUUGAUUCUUGUAUUGAAAGAUACUCUCAUCUUUAUGGAAGUGAUGCUAGGGUGUUCUCUUGCAUAUCAGAACUUGGUGUUGGAUUAACAUAUGAACCUGGUUUUCAUCAGGUUGAUUUAAGCGGAAACAUCUUUGGAUUAUUGGCUUCACAUCCAUUAAGUCUCUUGUUAUCCUUACAUCAUCUUGAUCUGGUUGAACCAAUCUUUCCACAAAUGACAACUUCAAAAUCACUGCAACAUUUAUUUGAAGCUGCAAAUGUUGAUUCACUGAGGAUCCUACAACAAACAGUUUGUUACGAUAAACAAUUUUCGCGGACGAUUUCAGUAUCAUGGGGCUAUGCUGUUCAAAUCUUCCAAUACAAUGAACUUUUACCGAAUAUUCUGAGAGUUCGAGAAACAUUCAGACCAUGGAGGGAAAACUUGCCUUUUGCCGGAGUAUAUACAUUUAGUACAACAAAAAUUCAGAAAGACUCGUGCGAAAGACCUACGAUUUUCUAUUUAGACAAUGUGUCUUCGGGUAAAGAUGGUAUUGUUAGCAACUAUACUAAAUCUUUUCGAAACUGUUCCAAAGAUAACACAUCAUUGAAGAAUCUCGAGGUGAUUAAAGUCGUCACGAAAAAGUUAGACCUUAACACCAAACAGGUGCAAACUCUAAGAAGACAGUGUUGUGAUGUGUUGCACUCAAACUCUAGUCAACUCAUGGAAAUUGCAAUUCGAGAGUGCAGAUAUGAAGAAUUGAUUUAUAUGCAUUGAUAGCAUAAAUGCAUUUAUUAAAUUUGUUUCAAUAUGAUUAAGCAGAUUAUUAUAGUGUUGCUAGAAGUGAUUCCAACUUUUACCAAGUCGAUCGAAGUUAU